AUGAGUUAGCUGUUCUCAAAUACUACUAAUAAUGAAAAUAUUAUAUAAGAGGAUGAAGAUUUAUCUGAUUAUGAUGAUGUAGAACUUCCAAGAAUGCAAAGGAUGAAUGCUUUAAUUGUCAUUGAGUAGAAAAUAGAAUAAUAAAUCCAGAAUUUUGUUCCUAAAAAAUAUACUAAAAUUUAUUAUUCUGAAAAUUGUCCAAUAUGUUUAGAAAAAAAAUAACUUAUUCCCCUAGAAUGUGGACAUACCCUUUGUUUUGAAGAUUUUUAAGAAUUAAUCACUUAGGCAAGAAAGGAAAAUCGAAAUAUUUCAUGCUGUAUUUGUAGAACUGAACUGAAUCCCUGUGUUUAAUCGAAUAACUAGUUGUAAGAUUCUCUCGUAAUUGUCAGAUGA